AUCCAUGACCAAUUAACUACCCUUGUAUAUUGUACUAUUAUAAAAAUGGAAAGUCUUUGGCUAGCUCUCACAACAUCAACUAAAAGUACAUCAAAUUGUAAGAAGUGAACAAUGGCAACUGCAGCAGGUGGUAGAGGAGCACAGUCCAUGAACUUCAUGUAUUUCAAGCCAAUGCUGCGCAAAGCAUAUCAUAGAAAAAGCACUUCCCCAGACAUGAUUAGUGAUACAGUUAAACUGAAUGGUGAAGAAGUGAAGAGUAGCAAGGGUGUGAUGAAAAAUCAUGAUGACAGUUGGUGGGUACCUGAUGAUCGUACUGGAAUAUUUUAUCCAAAGGGACAUGAGAAAGUGAUUGAAGAUGUCCCCUCUGCUGCAGGAAGGGAUUUUGGAGCUAUUAAUUGGUUUUCUAACCAUGAAGAUUGUCUAUAAUUAAAUCCUAUUUAAAAUAUAAAAUAAUAAUUUGGUUAUUGUACGUCUUAAAUGUUGUUCUGGCAAAUGUAUCCUCCUAUUGUUGAAGUUGCUUUGCGUUAUAAAGAAUGUCAAGGUGCAUUGAUCUUAAUAUAAAUUAAUAUCUUAUUUUGAUUGGCAUCAAACUAGUGCUAGAUAUAUUGCGAAUAGUUACUCUAAAGGAAAUGUACCAUGUACGUGAGAUAUACUUGAAAUUCAAUUCAAAUACAUACUUACCGGGAUGACAAAAAAACUUGUAAUUUUCCAUUCUGAUCCCCUUGAUUUUCUUUUUUAAAUUAAUCUUUUUUUUGUUUCUGCUCAACUCUUAGUUUAUACCAGAAUAAUUGAUUGAAUUACGGGACUUGGUCUCCUCAUAUGGACUUGGGCAAUCCUCCCAUCAUAAGCUAGCUUUUUGGUUGAGUUAGGCCACGAUCCAUUUCUUCACAUGGUAUCAGAGCAGGACCCAUCUCACCCGAUGUUGAGCCCUCAAAUUAAAUUGCCCACGCUCCAUAUGUCCCUGGGCAUGAGGUGGGGUGUUGAUGAAUGAAAAAAAAAAAAACCCUCAUCGGUAGUUAAUGAGAUGGCUGGUCUCCUUAUAUGGACUUGGACAAUCUUCCCCUCAUAAGCUAGCUUUUGAGAUUGAGUUAGACCCAUAAUCCAUUACUUCACAGGAUACACCAAAAUGUGUGUCAAAAUCAAGCCAGAAGGGAGUUUCCAUGAUUAUAUUUCAACAGUUAUUCCAACUAAAUGGCUGACAUCACUUGCACCACAACAACUCAAUUACAUCAUUUUUACUCCUUCAAAAGGCAGAGUAAAUCCAUGAGAUUGUUAUUUUAGUAAGGUGCUGUUUGGUUGAAACCGGGACCUCAAGA